AUGUUGCUGCUCCCGCUCACGCUCUUCGCGAUCCAAGGACUCUUGUCGACGCUGCUCAUCCUCGCGACGACGUUGAUCAGCUUGCUCUUGAUUCCACACUGCUCGUUCUUCCGCUUACACGCAUGCCAUCACCGAGAACCGCCCGUGUCGAGGCACCUGCUGCUGCACCGAGCAACCACCCGGACAUGUCGGGUUGCUGCGGUCGCCGAUGAUGUGCCCAAAGUGCGCCAAACCCAUGAAGCUACGGCAACAGCGAUGGCGCUGCCAACGGAGCGCCUGCGGCUCUGCCCAGCUCAGCGUCAAGGCAGGUUCGUUUUUCGCGAAUUCGAAGAUUCCGAUCUGCAAAGCAGUUCGUUUAAUGUUCGACUGGGCAUCGAAGAAGGCUGUCAUGACAGUGGCCGAUGA